GCCCAAAAACUUCCUCUCAUCUCCCAAGCAUCUCACCUCUCCUCUCCACCAUCUGCUUGCCGCCUGCUCAACCUUACAUGGUUCCAGCCCUAAUCGACGAACCCUAAACCCUAAUCAAACAUCAUGGUCCCUAAACACAUUUGAAGAGAGACCCUGUAGAAGGUGCGAGGACAGCCAUGGGUUUCAUCGUUCUCGAUCUUUAUCGCGGCUUCAGAAUCAGCCCCUUUUAUCUCGGACGCUUUGUGCUCAAGGUGCGCUUGACCCGAAGAAGGUUGAAGGGAAGAUUUUGUUGUGCUUAAGGUGAGGCAAUAUGGGUCGGCUUGACAAGGGCAUAGUGGCUGCACGUGCUGGUGCUUCUAACAUGAUUCUUUGUAACGCUGACGCCAAUAAAGAUGAAAUAAUAGCUGAUCUUCAUGUGCUACCAGCGACACACAUCACUAUGCUGACGGGCUUUGUCUUUACGCCUACCUUAACUCUACCAUAUAACUAAGGUGUAUGUGAAGUUUUUUUCUCUCAUGGGAAGUAAAUGGAACAAGGCAACGCAGUUGAACAACUUUAUUUUAUAUGUCAUGUGAUCAAUUGCAGAACCAUGCACUACAAGAAAUCCAAGUAUUAGCGGCGACACUUUUAGCGGCGACAUCUAAAAAGUCGCCGCUAAAGGUCUGGAUCCGGGUGAAAGGCUUUACAAAAGAUCUGGACCGUUGUUUGCUUAUCUGAUCCAAUGACUAGGGUUUAUCCCAAUAAAGCAUCUCUAAAAAGCUCACAAUCCAUUUUAGCGGCAAUGUUCCCUCCAAGAUGAAAUCUGCACACAGCUCUCACACCACAACUCACCACGCCGUCGCCGGAAAACCUUGAGUCUGCCGGAGCAUCGCCGCACCACCUUGAUUCUGCUGGAGCACCGCCGCACCACCUUCACUCUGCCGGAGCACUGUCAUCUCUUUUCGCCUUAAUCUCCGACGCCACUCGACGGUGUUAAUUGACUGGUACAUCAUGGCUGAUGUAAUGCCACAUGGCCAUGGCGGUGAUGGUGCGGAUGAGCCACCUCCCGGGGGUUUUGGGCGAAGAGGUCAUCACGAGGAGGACCUUGUCCCAAAGAAGAAAACGAGGGGAAAGGCAAAAAAUAAAAAACUUUUGCAGGCGAAUAAGACGGGAGGGCUUGUUUCAAUCCCUUUUGAUAGACUCGCGACAUAUACCCCGGUUGGUGAACCUUGUGAUAUGUUCAGUCGAGAGGUAGGGAUUUAUAUGUGGGGAAACAUGGCAUUUGAUAAGUACUCUUAUGCUCAAGUUUCUGCUGCUGAAAAGAAUGCCAUGGAACAACAUCUCAGACGGCGCUUCAAUUUUGAGGAAAUUGAGCGGGAUUGCGAACGUAAUCAGCUGAAGGGUGGCAUCCAGUCGGUCUACAUGAAGCGAUACAGAGACCGGAAGAGUAUGGCAAAAAGGGAGUUUAUUGAUUUAGGAAAGCGGCAUGAUAAUUUAGAGACUAUAAGGGACACUCCCCCCACGGGUAUGGGUGUGGAAAAUUGGAGGAAGACUAUAGACCUUUUCAGUGAUCCGAAAUAUAUAAAAAGGUGUGAAGUUAACAAAAAAAAUCGUGAAAAGCAACAGUUCGCAAACCGCGGGGGGUCAGCAUCAUAUAGCAGCUGGUCUUUUAAAAAGAAUGUUGAAGCUUUGGAUACGUACGCUCAUGCUCAUACUCUACCAGAUGGGACUUUUGCCAGCCCGUUGGAAGAGGAGAAUUUUAACCUAUUAAAAGAAGAAUUUGAAAGACAAAGGACCCAAAAUAACCCAUUCUUGGAAGAUGAGGGUGAACUCGGUGAAAGUAGUGCGCCUGCCAUUAGUAAUGUUCAAGUUUUUGAAAAGGUGCUUGGUGCUCGGCGCGGAAUUUAUAGGGGACAUGGGCGUAAACCUUCUUUAUCUUCAGCCUCGAGUGACGUGAGUCCUCAUGAGAAGGAGAAGACACGUCCGCAAUUUUCAGAGGAAUAUUUUGACGAAUUGUUUGAAGACCCGAGAUUUAUGGAACGACUGUACCAAGCUAUGGAUAAGAAGAGAUCAAGAAAAGACAACAAAAAUGACACGGACGAGGAGGGAGAAUGAUGUAUUUUGUAUUGAACUUAGGGGUUUCAAAACUUUAACUUAAUCAAACAAAAUACUUUUGUUGUAGUUUUAUGUUUAAAACUUGGUUUGUUUGAAGAAUUGUUUGAAUUAUUGUUUGCGUAUGGAAAAUUAAAAGAAACAGCAGGUUACGGUUA